AUGCCUGCUGCCGCCCCCGCUGUGCAGUCCACCUCUCCUCCUUCACCAAAGGGAGUACGCUUCUCGGAUACUUCUUCAAUCAUCGCGGGGUUCUCAAGACCUCUCACCUCAGAAGAAGCAUGGUUACUAUUCGAUUUUGAGACUCACUCCCGCGAGUGUCGUCAAUGCAUUUCACCAUACAGACGAUGGCAGGAACACGCUUCGUUGUGCCACAAAGGACUACACAUGUCAAAACGUAUUGCCGAGGCCAUGUACAUGCAGAACGGCAAGGUCUUCGAAAGGUACACUCGCUUCAAGAAGCCUUCACAAGUCGAGAUUCCGCACACGUACACCUACCUCCGAGAGCAAUUGCUCGUCCUGGAGGAAUCUGCAGCCAUCCGUCAUGCCCGUCGACAAGAAGAAGAACAGAGACCUUGCGUCAGAGUCCACAAUGGCAGCAGUCGCCGCAACGACGAACCCCAAAGGUCCAGCAGUACCGAAGUUGUCAUAGAAGGAGGCAGCAGAGACGACCACCGCCGGAGAGACAAGUAUCGACAGGAGGAGCCUCGUGAGACCAGGUAUCACAACAACGACCGCGAGCACAGACACAGCCACAAAGAACACCGCUCGGAGUACCGUCGCGACGAGAGAAAACAUCGAGAACGUCGCCGAGCUGCAGAAGUCGAGGCAGAAAUCAACAUUCGAGAAACGAGAUAUCGCACGCAGGAGAGGAGACCAACUUGGGCAGAGAACGAUUUGAGAGCACGCCGGUAG